AUGGCGCAGAAGCGGCCGCUGGAGGCCGCCCCGCCGGAGCAGGAGGCGCCGCGGUCCCCGAGGAAGCGGCUGCGCCGGACGGUGCUCCUCAUGAUGUGGCUGGAGAGGAGGAGGGCGAGGGCGGUCACCGUCGGCCAGAUGGAGCACAUGGUUAGCCAGGCGCAACUGGAUAUGGCCAAACUGUUUAUGCUUCUCAUGGUGCUCGUCGCGCGGCUUGGCUCCAUGGAGAGGCUUCUCCUCGACCUCCCCAACAUAGUCCAGACAUUGUUGGCGCAGCAGUUUGAUGCUCUUCACAGAUCUGUGAUGGUAUCCAUACAAGAUACGAUUCGAUCGACUGUACAGACAGAGAUACAAGGACGGCAAGCAGCUUCACUUCCUAAUGGCAUUAAUGAACCUCCUAGGCAGAUAUCAGAAGGUUUUCCUGAAACUGGAGGCAUCACUGGAGUCAAGCUGCGCUUUGUCGAUGUUGACAGACCAAUAGAUACACUUUUCACUGGUUAUCCAGUGCAGUGGCAGAAUGGAGGAAACGCUAAGAUAGCGAUCUUUGAAAAUGAUAGGCAAAUCAUGCAGGGAGACCUUUCUAAAUUGCAAAUUGAGAUUUUAGCAGUCCAUGCUGAUUUCUUUACGGAGCAAGGACAAGCGGACUUCACCAAGGAGGAAUUGAACAAGCAGAUAUAUAUGCAUAAAGGGAAAGAGUUAGUGUUGUCAACUGUUAAUCUAACAAAUGGCGAGUCCUCUCUUGGUUCCUUCGUUUUUCCAGAGAGCUCCCAUGGGAAAAAGUUAAGAUUAACAGCACGAGUGAAAAGGCAGGUUCUUACUACCAGAGUUCAGGAAGCAAUCACUGAUCCUUUUGUCGUCAAAGACCGCCGAAGUGAAUUAAAUAAAAAGAGUUAUCCUCCGUCUAAAGAAGAAGCAGUACAUUGUUUGGAGAAAAUUUCUCUAAAGGGAAAACAUUGUGCUAUCCUUGUUGAGAAAAAUAUCACUACAGUGAAGCACUUGAUGCGUCAGUACCACAGGGAUGAAUCUGUUCUCCAAAAGCUUAUUGGCAUGAAGAAAGGGGAUUGGAAUACCAUGAUUAAACAUGCCAACACGUCUGUUCCUGGGGAUGAGAUCUAUUCCUAUUGGGUUCCAGAGGAUAAUUGUGAAAUCUUAUUCAAUGAUUUCUAUGAUCUUGUCGGUAAGAUGACUGAUAACUACGUUCCUUACAGUGUCAACAACGUCAAUCAGUUUCCACAGCAUAAAGUGAACAAUUGGAAAAAGUCUGCGUAUAAGAAGUUUGAUGAGCGGGAGAGCUCAGGUGGUCUUACCCCUGAUUACUUCAUGAACGAUGGCCGCCCUGUCCGUGCAAUGCCUCUGAACAAUGAUGCAGGUCCUUCUGUACAAGCUAGACCAACAUGGCAAUAUCCUAAUGACAUGGCUGGACAACAUGAAUUUGGUGAUCGACGCCCAUUGAAUGGGUUCUCACGGGCCGCAGUCCUGUCAAACAAUGAUGCCGGUCCUUCAAACCAAGAAACACUACCGUUUUCACAGCCCACGUAUGGACAGACUAUGCAUCAAGAUAGUUUUGGGGAUCAACUUGCUGUAGGAACUCCUUACUAUCUGGCCCAGGGAAAUUUCAUAAAUGAUCAGGGACAGGGAUCAUUUUCAGCAGAGCCAACUAUUCCGUCCCACAUUCCUGUACCAGUUCCAGAGGAUGACCCAAUCACAUUCACAGCUGCAAGUCUAACUGGCCAACAGAAUGGACACUUGAGCUUCUCGACAACUGAUGCUCCUGUUACUUCUUAUCCUGUAGCAGGUAUCGCUGGGACUUCCUCAGAUGGAGUUAGUCUGGGAACCUCUUCAGUUAACAGUGUGCAGGCUGACAUCUUCAGUGGGUUAAGUCCAUUUGAAUCAGAGGAAUUGCUAGAACUACAAACACAUCUGACAGAGCAGGACUUCGUGCAAGCUAACAUCGCAGAACUGCCGAAUUCCGACAGCCAAUUUUACGGUUAUGAACAUGAUGGCGGCGACCGCUGA